AUGAACGCUGCUGAAAGUAAAGAAGAACAGUGCCAGAAUAGCCUCAAUAAAAUAUAUUCUGAUCUACUUCACCUCAUUUGCUCGUUCGAGAAAGGAAGUGGAUCUGAGUUGACUGUUCGCUUGCGACAAGUCGAAUCGGGCUUGGAACAGCUACGUGAAGCAAUCCUGUUGAUACCCGACAUUCAGAAUAACGAACAAAGACAACGUGACAAAAAUCGCCUCCUUGUACAGGAAUCGACCUCAAGCGUGACUGAGGGUUCACCUAACGAUCAGCGUCUUAUAUGUGGCAUUUGUAACAGCGUCAUUUUGCUUGCUGGCGUUGGUCGCUGGACUAACAAGGAAGAAGUGCUG